AUGGCAUCUAGGGUGCUAAAGGAAUUUAAAAUUAUCAAAAUAUUUACUCGUCAGGUAUAUAAUGGGUCAAUUCGUCUCAAAGAUUCACAGUUUUGUUUGAGCUUCACAUUUGGUAGUACCUUCUUAGCAACUCCCACGGAUACCAAAAUGAAACUGGUCAUUAUUGCCGCUUUGAUCGCCGUCUGCGCAGCUGGACGUCUCGAACAUCUCGAACGCUCUUACCUACCUCCUGAUAACACCAAUACCCUAGGUUUUGGUUCCAAUACCGGAUCUCACAACGGUUUAGGAUCCAAUGAAGGCCAAGGAAACUUUGGAUCUUUCCAUUCGCAUGGUGCUGGGCAUGGCAGCAUUGGAUCACUAAGCCCUGCUAGGGGAAAUAACAGAGGUUCCAACGGAGGUUCCAACGGAGGUUCUCAUGGCAAUUUUGGUUUCAAUGGAGGGUCUAGAGGUUUUGGAGCCAAUGAUGGAUCUGGAUCAGACGGUCAUGGGUUUGGUGCAUCAAACGGUAACAGCUUCGGUGCUACAUCAAACCAGUAUCUGCCGCCUAACUACGGAUCAUCCAGCACUAACGGUCAAGACAGAGAUGGACAUUCGUCCGUCGGAGCAUCCAGCAACCAGUUCGGAACAUCGUCUAUUGGAAACAAUAACGAAUUUGGAGCUCAGAGAACUUCUCAAUUCCAGCACGGUCAGAACUCCCACUCGCAGUUUGGCCCCAGCAAUCAAUACCUGACACCUAAGCAGUCUUCGCACUUCCAGAACAUUCCGCAGCAAAGCUUCGACGAGCAGACCGGCUACCAUUAUUAA